CAGCUUUCUCUAUUUUGUUUUUUUCCUUUUUUGUUUGAUUUGUUGCGCUUCAACCGACCUACCUAACCUCACAAUCCAAGGGUUUCAUAUAUUUUAUUAUUUUAAAGAUGUCAGGAUUACCUUCAAUUACUGCUCUUUAUAGUCAAAGGCUCAAAACCUAUGCUUCCUUCAAAGCUAAACCUUAGGUUUACGUCUAUCUGAUGAUCUCCUAAAAUUGCAGGAUAAUCUGCUGAUAUUACCCUUGUUGCUUCUUCUUGAGGUUCUCCUAAUUCAGACGUGUAGAUUUACAUCCACUUGCAACUGAAGUUUUCGAUAGAUGUUUCUGCAGUUGCAUUGCUUUUGAUGAAUGCAAGCAUACUAGAGAACAGUAGAGGGACUUCAACACCAGGCCUUACAAAACAUAUCAUACAACCUUCUCUGCAAGACUGAGUUAAUUUAGAGAAAUCAUGUCAUUAGUUAGACCUGCAGAGCUUUCUGCCACACCCUAUCGAAACAAUAAGCUCUACUCAUUGAAUGGGAGCAAUGAGAAUUCCGGCUUGUCCACCCAACUAUUUGGAUCUGAUAAGCGAAAGACCAUGUAUAUGGCUGAUUCUUACUCUAGUGAGAGUUAUGAGAAGUACUUCAUUGACUCCCCGACUGAAGAAAUAAUACAGCCAUCUAGUUCUAGCAUUUCUGGGAAUUCAUUUCACCUACAAGAUCCAUCUUCUUACAAGCCAAGAAUGGGCUCAGAGUCGUCCAUCACGAUUCAAGAUCCCUACAACACUUUUGCAUCAGUGAGACAUCGUGGCGCCUACCAGUUAAAUUCUGAAUUGGAUUAUCAAAGCCCAGAUACAGUGGACUAUGAUGCAGAUGAGAUGAGGUUAAAGCUUCAGGAACUCGAGAGAGCACUGCUAGACGAUAAUGGAGAUGAUGAUGAGGAUGACAUGUUCGGAAAUAGUCAAAGCAUGGAAAUUGACGGUGAAUGGUCUGAACCAAUCCAGAAUGUGAUGCUCCAUGACUCACCCAAAGAGUCUUCAUCUUCAGAUUCUAACUUGAGUAGCAUUAGCAGUACUAAAGAAGUGUCACAGUUAUCUCCCCGGGCUCCCAAGCGAUUGCUUUUUAAUUGUGCUAAUGCAAUCGCAGAAGGAAAUUUUGAGGCAGCUGAUGCUUUAAUAAAUGAGCUCCGUCAGUUGGUUUCAAUUCAAGGAGAUCCUCCUCAGAGGAUUGCAGCCUACAUGGUGGAAGGUCUUGCAGCUCGUAUGGCUUCCUCUGGAAAAUAUCUAUAUAAAGCUCUGAAAUGCAAGGAGCCCCCCUCUUCAGAUAGGCUUGCAGCUAUGCAAAUCCUCUUUGAGGUUUGCCCUUGUUUUAAAUUUGGAUUUAUGGCAGCAAAUGGGGCUAUAAUUGAGGCAUCUAGAGGAGAAAAGAGAGUUCAUAUAAUAGAUUUUGACAUAAACCAAGGGAGUCAAUACAUAACGCUAAUACAAACACUUGCCAAUCAACCAGGUAAGCCACCAUACUUGAGGUUAACUGGGGUUGACGAUCCUGAGUCAGUACAGCGUCCAAUUGGUGGCCUGAAGAUCGUUGGGCAAAGGCUUGAGAAGUUGGCAGAAGCACUUAAGGUGCCAUUUGAAUUUCAUGCAGUGGCGUCUAAAACUUCACUCGUUAGUCCAUCAAUGCUAGAUUGCAAGCCUGGAGAAGCACUUGUAGUGAAUUUUGCUUUCCAGCUCCACCACAUGCCUGAUGAGAGUGUAUCAACAGUAAAUGAGAGAGACCAGCUUCUCCGAAUGGUUAAGAGCCUAAAUCCGAAACUCGUAACUGUAGUUGAACAAGACGUGAACACCAAUACUGCCCCCUUUUUCCCAAGAUUUGUGGAAUCUUAUAAUUACUACUCUGCAGUGUUCGACUCCCUUGAUGCAACUCUUCCAAGGGAAAGUCAGGACAGAGUGAAUGUUGAAAAGCAGUGCCUAGCACGGGACAUAGUAAACAUAGUGGCGUGCGAGGGAGAUGAAAGGAUUGAGCGAUAUGAAGUUGCAGGAAAAUGGAGAGCAAGGAUGACGAUGGCUGGCUUUGCUUCAUGCGCAAUGGGUCCUAAUGUGGUGGAUACAAUUCGCAAACUCAUAAAGCAAUACUGUGAUAGAUACACAUUGAAGGAAGAAAUGGGUGCACUGCUUUUAGGGUGGGAAGACAAAAGCUUGAUUGUUUCUUCAGCAUGGAGGUGAACAGAAUCAUUUGUUUCUUUGGCGAGAUCAUACAUUAGAACUUCACUUUUGUUUAGUUUCUGUAUUCAUAUUUGGAUCAAGAUGCAUGCUACUGUACGUUCUUAUUAGACAAAACAAGGACUUCCAAGCGUUGUGCAAAUCUUGUUAGAUUAAUGUAGGAACAUUAUCAAAUGCUUUCAUCUGUUGCUGCCUUGCA